AUGAGGCUUCUUCAAACGGCCUUGUCCUUGACAAAAAGACACACUCUCGCUCCGGGCGGCGUCACUCUCAAAAAGGUACUCAUCGACAGCUGCCGGUCGUGCUCGUCUGGUAUCGUCCCGAACGAAAGGAUCCGCAACAUCGGCAUUUCCGCGCACAUCGAUUCGGGAAAGACUACUCUGACCGAACGCGUGCUUUACUACACAGGAAGAAUAGCGGAGAUCCACGAGGUGAAGGGGAAGGAUGGCGUUGGGGCCACUAUGGACUCCAUGGAGCUGGAGAGGCAGAGGGGCAUCACCAUCCAGUCAGCUGCUACCUACACCAUGUGGAAGAACCACAAUAUAAACAUUAUCGACACACCCGGUCACGUGGACUUUACCAUCGAAGUGGAGCGAGCGCUGCGCGUGCUCGACGGCGCCGUGUUGGUCCUGUGCGCUGUGGGCGGUGUCCAGUGUCAAACCAUGACAGUGAACCGGCAGAUGAAGCGCUAUGGCGUUCCUUUCCUCACUUUCAUCAACAAGCUGGAUCGCUUGGGCGCCAACCCUAACAGAGCCCUGCAGCAGCUCCGGACAAAACUGAAUCAGAAUGCCGCCUAUGUGAACAUCCCGAUGGGCCUUGAAGGCAACAUAAAAGGCAUCAUCGACCUUGUUGAGGAGAGAAGCAUGUAUUUUGAAGGACCGUUUGGGCAAGUCAUCCGCUACGAUGACAUCCCUGCAGAUUAUCGUGCAGAGGCUGCAGACCGCAGGCAGGAGUUGGUGGAAUGUGUUGCCAAUGCUGACGAAGUCUUAGGAGAGAUGUUCCUGGAGGAAAAGAUUCCCACCAAUGAUGACCUCAAGGCUGCCCUGCGCAGGGCCACUGUACAACGUCUCUUCACACCAGUGUUGGUAGGCACAGCGCUCAAGAACAAAGGCGUGCAACCCCUUCUGGACGCCGUACUGGAAUUCUUACCCAACCCCACCGAGGUCAAAAACUACGCCAUCCUCAACAACGAAGAUUCUAGUGAGACAUCAAAAAUCCAAAUGAACCCUACAAGAGACUCCACAAAUUCUUUUGUCAGUCUGGCUUUUAAACUAGAGGCGGGUCGUUUUGGUCAACUGACAUACAUGCGGGUAUACCAAGGUUACCUGAAGAAGGGCGAGUACAUCUACAACACACGCACUAGCAAGAAGGUGCGCGUGCAGAGGCUGGUGCGCCUGCAUGCCGACCAAAUGGAGGAUGUAGACGAGGUGUACGCAGGCGACAUCUGCGCUCUGUUUGGGAUUGACUGUGCGAGUGGAGACACGUUCACGUCGAGGACCAGCGAUAACCUCUCAAUGGAAUCAAUUCACAUCCCAGACGCUGUCAUUUCCAUGUCCAUGAAGCCAGCCAACAAGAAUGACCUAGAUAAAUUCUCCAAAGGCAUAAACCGCUUCACUCGAGAAGAUCCGACCUUCCGGGUUCACUUCGACACCGAGAGCAAAGAGACCAUCAUCUCAGGCAUGGGCGAGCUGCAUCUAGAGAUCUACUCACAGAGGAUGGAAAGAGAGUACAACUGCCCCUGUGUGAUGGGAAAACCCAAAGUGGCAUUCAGAGAAACCAUCACUGCCGCCGUUCCGUUUGAUUUCACUCACAAGAAGCAAACCGGAGGCUCUGGUCAAUAUGGUAAAGUUAUCGGCGUCCUUGAGCCACUGGAGCCAGAACACUACACCAUGCUGGAAUUUGAAGAUCUAACUGUGGGAACCAACAUUCCAAAGCAACUUGUGCCAGCCGUAGAAAAGGGCUACAGGGAAGCCUGCGAGAAGGGACCCUUGAGUGGCCACAAGAUCUCUGGUGUGCGGUUCCUACUGGAAGACGGCGCACAUCACAUGGUGGACUCCAAUGAAAUAUCCUUCAUCCGUGCGGGGGAGGGUGCUCUAAAGCAAGCUAUGGAGAAGGCGAACGUCGCCAUCUUAGAGCCCAUCAUGUCAGUAGAAAUUAUGGCACCUCAGGAGUUUCAGGGCGUGGUUAUCGCUGGGGUGAGCCGUCGCCACGGCGUCAUCACGGGCCAGGAUGGAUCCGAGGGAUACUUCACUCUGUACGCCGAUAUUCCAUUAAACGACAUGUUUGGCUACGCCACAGAACUACGUUCAUGUACUGAAGGAAAGGGCGAGUACACUAUGGAAUACAGCAGAUAUCAACCGUGCGUACCAGGCACACAGGAAGAGCUCAUUCACAAGUAUUUGGAGGCUACGGGUCAGCUGCCUACCAAGAAGAAGUGGAAGAGCUGA